AUGAGACAGCGUUCGACUCACUGCUGCGCGGCGGUGAAUUUCAGACCGACUCGAUACGCCCGGGCGUCGCUUUCUAACGGCCGCCAGCUCCGCGACCCCCUCGGGGUCGGAACCCCGCCGCAGCCAUGCGUGCGCGCGGCGGCGGUGCCUCCCGGUCCCGCAGCGCCGGGCUCCCUGGGGCCGGGCAGGUGCGCGCUGCGGCUGCACGCCGCCUCCCGCGCAGGCGGCGGCGGCGCCCCGGAUGCCCGCGGCGGGCAGAAGAUGUGUCAUGGCAAGCAGGCGAGCGGCGGCGGUGCCCUCCCGGCGGCGAGGCGGCGGGCGCUGGCCGCUGCGCUCUGGCUGCGGCUGGCGCUGAGCCUCGGCCCGGGGCCGGCGGCGGGCGGGUUUGAUGAUCUACAAGCUUGUGCGGAUCCUGGAGCUCCUGAACACGGAUACAAGACUCCCAGUGCAGGUGUUUUCUUUGAAAGCGUGGUAGUCCGGUUUCAUUGCCAAGAAGGAUACAGGCUUAAUGGUACUUCAAAAAAACUUUGUGUGAGACACUUUAAUGGCUCCCUGAGCUGGAAACCAAGUGAUAAACCUGUGUGCCUACAAGAAGUCACAGAUUGCCUUGUUCCACAUGUUGAAGAUGCAAAGAUUCAUAACAAGACUUACAGGACUGGAGAUAAGUUAAUAAUCAGCUGUCAUGAAGGAUUCCAGAUCCGUUACCCUGACUUAGACAACAUGGUUUCAAUUUGUCAAGACGAUGGAACUUGGGAUAAUCUGCCCAUUUGUCAAGGUUGCCUGAGGCCAUUGGUUCUUCCUCAUAGUUACAUUAACAUAUCUGAGUUCGAGUCCUCCUUCUCAGUAGGAACAGUGGUGUAUUAUCAAUGCUUUCCUGGAUAUAAACUAGAAGGGGCAGAGUUCCUUGAGUGCAUGUAUAACCUUAUCUGGUCAGAUAGCCCACCUAGGUGCCUUGAUGUGGAAGUUUGUCCGCUACCUCCAAUGGUCAGCCAUGGAGACUACAUCUGCCAUCCGCGGCCUUGCGAGCGCUACAACCACGGGACAGUGGUAGAGUUCUACUGUGACCCCGGCUACACCCUUACCAAUGACUACAAAUACAUCACCUGCCAGUAUGGAGAGUGGUUCCCCUCCUACCAAGUCUACUGUGUCAAAACAGAACAAACCUGGCCAAAUACACAGGAGACCCUCCUGACUACAUGGAAAAUAGUGGCAUUUACUGCUACCAGCGUUUUAUUAGUACUUCUACUGGUCAUCUUAGCCAGAAUGUUCCAGACCAAAUUUAAGACACAUUUCCUUCCAAGAGGCAACCAGGAGGGCUCUGUGGGUGACCCCGACUUCGUGGUAGUGGAUGGUGUUCCUGUCAUGCUGCCUUCCUACGAUGAAGCUGUAAGCAGCAGCCUGAAUGCUCUGGCACCUGGAUACUCAGCCACAGUGGACCAGGGGCAUGUUUUGCAGACAGAAGAUCAAAGUCCUCCUGCUUAUCCUGGUCCCAGGAUUACAGACAUGCUGCCAAGUGAAUUUGAGAGCUGUGAGAGUCAAUCAGUCUCUUCUGAACUGCUCCAAAGCUUGUACUCACCCCCAGUGUGCCAAGCAGCAGUGCUUGCCAGCUCAGAUCGAACUGAUGCCUCCCGGAGCACUGCUGGGGAGGCUGUGUCCACGAGCCCACGGAUUGAUAUUACAGAUGAGAUUCCUUUGAUGGAAGAAGACCCUUAGCCUGCAUGGAGACAUGUCAUCAUCACAUUGCACCGUUGGGUGACAUGAAUCCUGAGCACUCAGAGAUAGAAAAGACUAUCUGUGGAUCUGGGGAGGGUACUUACCAAUCUUCCACACGAUGAUGUCACCAGAUUGUGUGUACAUCUUAAUCCACAGUGGAGAUAACAGCAUCAGCACUUGGAACAGCAAUUUUAUGAAUGAAUCCUGGGGAUUUGAUGAGAGCAGAUGUAGAAAAAGAACUGUGGCUUUUUAGAAAUGAAAUGUAUAUCUGCAUCGCAGAAAGUCAUAUGGUUCUGUAGAAAAAUACUAUUGGAUUUUGAUACUAACUGCCUCACAAAAGCAUGUCAAAGUAUGUAAAUUUGCUUAUAAAGACUGCUUUAAAUGAUCUGUGGACCUCUAGUUUAUGAAGAAGCCUUUCAAACUUAAAAACCAAAAACAAACAAACAAAAACCUAGUCCUGAAAUACACACCCUAAAGAGGGAAGAUCCUCUUUGACUAUCCUAUGUAAAUCAGAAAGCUUAUGGUUUGGUUGUUGGUUAUUUUGUUUCAUACCAUGUCUGCAGAAAACAAUGGGAUUCGUAUGUACUUUGAUGUAU